GCGAGACGGCCACACCUCAGUCCACUGGGGGCACCACUCUUGGAUCGAAGCCAAGUUCGGGCAGGCCACUGAGGCAGACAGUGAUCGAGGGGGCCGACAGUGUGGUCACGAUGAAUGAGCGUACAAGCCGAUUCCUCGACCGGUUUUUAAUAUGCACCAACCAGCCGUUCAGCUUGGUGGAGGACGUCUUCUUCCUCGAGUUCCUUCAGGCCGUGAGGACGGCCCAUCCCACAUGGAUGCCUUGCCGAAGGGACGAGCAAAGGACAAAGCGCUUGGACGCAGAGUAUGUGCGGGUAGGGGCGGAGGUCCGUGCAAUGAUAGUGAAGUGGAAGAAGACGAGGUGUAUGUUGCAGAUGGACGGCUGGUCGGACCGCCGCAACAAACCACAUUUGAAUGCCAUGGUGUCCUCGCCCGUCGGUACAGUAUUCUGGAAGUCAGUCUGCAUGGAGGGCAAGGAGAAGGAUUCGGCAGCUUAUUUUCGGGUGCUGGACGACGUCAUCAAGGAAAUUGGAGAGGAUGCGGUCGUUGGUGUAGUCAUGGACAACGCAAGGGUGUGCAUGAAGGCAGGGAAGAUGGUGGAGUCCGCCUAUCCGACCAUCUUCAGCGUCGGUUGUACGGCGCAUGCGCUGGACCUUGCGCUGGAGGACAUGUACAAGGAAAUGCCUUGGAUGGCGGCUUUGUUCCACCAUUACUCCCCGAAGACGAAGCUGAAGCGUCCGGCGGCAACCAGAUUUGCAACGAACUUCGAGAUGCUGCAGUCGCUCAAGGAAUUGCGGAAAGCUCUUGACCGCUGUGUGUGCGACAAGGGUUGGGUGGACAAGAUGCCGGUGGUGGAGCUGCUCCGUUUGGUGGAUGGGCAAGGAGCAACCAUCUCGAAGGUUUACUUCAAGAUGGAUCAGGUUGUGCAAAAUUUGUGUGCCCUGGAAUCCUUAUCGGUGGACGAGCACGAGGCGGUGGAGCGCAUCCUCAUGGGUCGCUGGGCAUUUCUGACAAGCGAGCUACAUUGUGCUGCAGCCUUCUUGGACCCUGAGCAUCGGAUGCACAACGCACAGCGCAAUCCGGAGGAAGUGAGCUCCCAGGUUGAUCAAUGGGUCAAUGCUUUGGGAGGGUUCUCGACGGAGCAAGCUCGAGAACAAGCCUGCGACCAGCCGCCAGCUUUGUGGUGGGAGGCAUUCGGCUCGAAGCACGACCUCCUCGCACCACAAGCAAUCAGAUUGCUUGGCCAGGCAAGCUCCUCUGCCGCCUGCGAGCGGAAUUGGAGCUUGCAUGAGCUUAUCUAUGGACGGAGGCGGACGAAGUUGUUGCUAGAGAGGAUGGCGAAACUGGUGUACAUCAGUUGGAAUGUUCGGCUGCUGAGGAGGAAUCAGCGUGGCGAGGGGGAUGAUAUCCACAUCCCAUGGGCGGACGACGUCCCGGUGGACAAGGAGAUGGAGGAGUGGUAUGUGCACUGGUUGGAUCGGGUCCAUGAUGUUGUCGAUCGUGAGGAGGUUGCGGAGGUGGAAUGCGAUGAUGAGGGAGACGAGAUCCCAAUGCGGCGGACUUUCAUGCAGAAUGACGAAGUUGACGACAAGCUGGUCGAGGAGGAGGAGACUCUACUUGUCGGUACAAGGCAACGCGAUUGGCACGAGUGCACGAAGCCUGGGAAGCACCGCGAGCAAGAGUUGCGAAGGAGAUUUGGUUGCCAACUGCCUGUGCCUGGAGAGUUGUACAUAGAGGAGGGUUACGCUCUCGCAAUGGAAGCGCGACAGGCAGGCACUUGGGUGCAGGGGCGGGACGAGGCGCCAACAAAGAGGAUAGGGAAAGAUAAGGGCAAACAGACGGUGAAGCAUGAUGAUGCGCCCGCACGGCGUGGGCAGAGGAAGGCUGUUCAACAAGAACAGCCACGACCGAAGAGCGGUCGUCCAACUAACGCAGAACAGGCGGCACGCAAGGCGAAGAAGGCUGAAGAGAAGGCUAUCACUGCAGCAACUGAAGCAAAAGCUGCUGCUGACAAAGCCUCAACGGCCAAAGCCAAAGCGGCAGCGAAAGCUGCCAAAACAAGCGCACGUGGAGGGAAGGCCAAGAAGUCCGUCGUUGUAAGUGACGACGAUGAUGAGGAUGUCCCCGAAGAAAGUCCGGAAGAGGACGAGCCUGAAGGCUCGUCCACGUCCACGGACUCAAGUUCUUCAUCGGCUUCCUCGUCAUCUCAUACCAGUGGGAUGGAAGGCACAGACGGAGAAGGAAGUGAGGGAGGGGAAGAAGAGGAGGAAGAUCAGGUAGAGGCUGAGUAGAGGGAAGCCGUUCGAUCUAUGAUUUCAUCAGUUUAGGUAACCGAUGCUCCAAGUGCAGAGUUCUGACAAUG